GGCUGAGGGAUGGACGAUAUGUCAACAAAAAAAAGAAAAUAUCGCGAUACUUGAGCGCGAUAUCUUUACACAAUAUUUCCUAGGGCUUUUAAAACAAACUACCAAAACUUUUCACGUAAGAGUUGUUUAUCACUUUUAAACACAAAACGGUAUCACCGUGUGUUCAGUUAAAUCUGAAUGACACCUAAUAAUACACCAGAUGCUCUUAAAAACGUCUGAUUAUCACAGUAUGAAGUGUAAAAUACUGCGUGUUACACGUAAUAAAACACUCCACUGAUCUAAUGUACUGAUCGUUCAUCCCAAAGCUACUCAGAUAAGCUCUUUCACUUGUUUUAGUAACUGAAAUGUAAUUUCUGUGGCUUCUUUCUAAAGUAAACAUGGCCCUUUUUUUGUGUGUUUGUGUGUGUUUUCCCCUGUUAUCUUAAAUAAGUUGCUGCAAUUACUAUAUCAGCUCUAAUUGUGUCAUUAUUUAUGUUUUUAUACUGAACAUGAUCCACUACGGUGCCUUAAAGAUGCAGUUUUUGUAAAAUUGAGCUGGAAUAAUCAUCUGAUUAUUACAGAGACACUGAGACACACACACACACACACAUGGGCAAACACUCCCCGUGCAAAUAAAGUAAAGCUCAAGAACACCAGUCACUCAUUAACCUGAUCCAAAUCAUUCAUAACUGUCUGUAUAAUAUAUAUAUAUAGUGUGUGUAUUUGUGUGUGUGUGUUAAAUAGAUCUGUGACAGAGAGAAAAAUGAACAGAACUUGAGUGAAGGUUUCUUAACAUUUUGACAACAAAAUCCGUCGGACACACUUUGUUUUCCGCAUCAGAGGAAUUCGUGCUCCGUUCACCAAGCUGCCAGGAAAAAAAAAAAAAGGAAAAAGGGGAAACUUACACAAAUUCCAUCUUCGCACAAACAUGGCCGAUCGGCCAGGAUGUGGCUCCAGAGUAGAGCCUGUAGAUUUGCACCAUUUAACCUUUUACUAACACUGAAUAAUACAGAGGACGUCCGAUGACCACAGAGCUGACGAGUGGACAUCGUGCUGUUUUUACUGAUGAUACACAGAUUACAGAUACAGAUAUUUUCUCUGGAUAUAUUUAAGGACGCUGGUUAAUUUCCCAAUCCUGAGCAAGAAGGAGCUUUGUGGAAUAUUGAGCUUUAGAUUCCUGACAUUCCUAACACUUUAGGUGUAGUCUGUAUGGUAUGAAUUACAAUAAAACACACACACGCGCGCACACACACACACACACAGUUUUUCUGAUGUUACCUAAAGCGUGGUGUGUAAGAGGAAAGGCCAGAGCGCGGACGUUUUAUGAUGCGCCGGACAGAUGGACGGACAGAUGGGCGGAUUUGAGGAGGCUCUCGGUGCGCGCACUCGUCAUGUUCGAGGAAUUCUUCACACACGCUCAGCGAGGACGGUCCGGUCUGUUUGCUAGACAGUGCGCUUGUUUGUGUCUCUGUUCAGCUUAACACUCGCGCAUGUUGUGUGUGACACACCUUUGUAGUUUUAAGUCACACUGCAUUCACCUUCCUGUGUAACUAUAAGUAUUAAAUAUAGACUCCACCCUCAGUGUAGGUAUUUCGUGCAUUCAUGCUGGUGAUGCUUGUAGCUUGUCUCUUUAGGCUAGUUAGUGUAGCCAGUGUUGGACAUUGUCCAGUGACUUUAGUUUAGAUUUGAAAGCUCAAAUGUAGCUCACAGCAUACGAUCUGCUGCAGUUAUUUCUCUUUAAAUAAUUUGUAUGUUCAAUAUUUCAAUGUAAAUUGGCUGUUUGAAAGACGUGACAUGCCAGGCUUCGUCUUAGCUUUGUUUGAGGAUUAACAACCUAAACUAGCUACACUAUAUUGGAAAAGUUUUGGGACACUCCUCCAAUUCACUGAAUUCAAGUGUUUUUCAGGGGUUGGGCUCGAACCCUUAGUUCCAGGGAAAAGAACUCUUAAUGCUUCAGAUUCAUACCAAAACAAUUUGGACAAUUUCAUGCUUUGUGGGAACAGUUUGGGGAUGACGCCUUCCUGUUCCAACAUGACUGCACACCAGUGACCAAAGCAAGGUCCAUAAAGACAUGGAUGAGUGAGUUUGGUGUGGAGGAACUUGACUGUCCUGCACAGAGUCCUGACUUCAACCCCAUAGAACACCUUUGGGAUGAAUUAGAGCGGAGAUUGUGAGCCAGACCUUCUCGUCCAACAUCAGUGUCCGACCUCACAAAUGCGCUUCUAGAGGAACGGUCAAAAAUUCCCAUAAACACACUCCUAAACCUUGUGGAAAGCCUUCCCAGAAGAGUUGAAGCUGUUCUAGCUGCAAAGGGCGGGACAACUCCAUAUUACAUUCAUGUGCAUGUAAAGGCAGACGUCCCAAAACUUUUGGCAGUAUGUACAGUUCCUGGAGCACUGUGCUUCUCCUUAAUGCUCGUAAUGGAUUGAGUAAAAGGUUGUAUAUAACAGGGUGAAGUAAAACUAACACAAUUCCAUAAGUUGUUGGGGGGGAAACAACUCGUAUCGCACGUCCUGGACGUUUGGAUUUGUUCCUUUAAUGCACCGUACAUGACCAUGUAAAUCUGGCCCUAAUUUUUCCCUUUGGUCUGACCACAAAAUCACUGUAGUAGCUUUUCGAGGUGAUAAGAGAUUGAUAAAUGAGGUCUGCUGUACAUUACACUUGUGCUGCUCCCUAUUGCUGUGAGUUACAGAGCACCCCGAGACAGUUAAUUAGCUCUCUCCUGCUUUGAACGCUCAUCACAGUAAAUGUUAGUCUGCAAAUCACUGAGGAAAUCGCUUCUCGCCUCUUUCUUCGGAAAUCGUCGUCCCGCUCCUUUCUCGGAAAUCGGUCACUCGUGUGACGUCGGAGUUCCACACGUCAGAGAAAGUGGACAGACGUGUUAAAGCCAGGAUUUUUACGAGCAGCUGAUGUUGGAGAUGUUUUUCUUCUUUUUAAAAAAAGACGGCGCUGCAUCUUUAAACCUCCGUCAUGAACAUGGGUAACUAUUUUUAAAGUCCUGUCCUGCUCCUUCUCAAACACUGGAAUUUUUUAUUUUUAGACUUUAACUUUAUCGUGUGUGUGAGCUCUUGCGGUCGCACACCUGUCUAAAUGUUAUUUUCUCCUGGAGAGAAGCCUGUGGUUUCUGGAUCCCUGCUUUUUUAUUUUGUAAUAAAAAAAAAAAAUAAUAAAAAGGACGAAGAAAGCCAAAAUAACUUUGUGCUCGUUGGAAGCUUUUUUACAGAACGGGGAAGAAAAGGGAAAAAAAAUCAUGUUCUGUUGGUGGAAAUGGUGUAGAGUGGAGCGCUUCCAAGAACGGAGAAUCUGAAAAAGCAGAAUCAUGUUUUUAACUUUGGAGAGAGAGAUGGAGAGACGGAGAGACAGAGACAGACAGACAGAGAGAGAGAGAGAGACCAAGAGAGAGAGGGAGCGAUGGAGAGACAGAGACAGACCGAGAGAGAGCGAGAUGGAGAGACAGACAGACAGAGAGAGAGAGAGAGAGAGACAGGGGGAGAAAGAGAGAGGGGGGAGAGAGAGAGAGAGAGAGAGAGAGACUUUUUUUGAUGGUUGUUUACUUGAUCCAGUUAUUGAGAUUAUAUCCGUGUUGCAACAUGCUUUGAGUGAGCAAAGUGCGGUCCUGACAGUUCCACCAGCUGUCGCAGAGUCACAGUCUCUGAGGAGAUCAACGCUCUAGUUAAGGCUGGGGAGAUCCUGAGGAGAUCAACGCUCUAGUUAAGGCUGGGGAGAUCCUGAGGAGAUCAACGCUCUAGUUAAGGCUGGGGAGAUCCUGAGGAGAUCAACGCUCUAGUUAAGGCUGGGGAGAUCCUGAGGAGAUCAACGCUCUAGUUAAGGCUGGAACAUGUAAUAAGUGGAUAAGUCCUUGUCCGCUCUCUUUCUUGGGUAGGUUUAGUAUUCUUUGUGGUAACCAGUGCAGCUUAUUCCAGGAAAAGUCCACCAUCAUGGCCUGCAGGUCUGCUAAUAGUUUCAGAGGGGGGUCAGGCCAGUCUGUGAUGUAACACUGAAGCAAUUAGAUUAUUAACAGCCAAAGUUCUGCCCUUUAUAUGACAUCUUGGAAACAAGUCAUUAGCAUUUAUUAUGAUGUCCUUUUAUCUUUUCACCUGUACCUUUCCAGUUAUUACACCACUGCUGUCUCCCAGGUACACAGGUAUGAAUAUUUAAUGCCACCUGUUUUCCAUGUUAAGUUAUCUGGGAGACAUGGUUCCUCACCUUUCCAAUCCCCAACUAAAAUAGCUUCACUUUUGUUCCAGGUUACUUUUGCAGAUGAUAUCACAUGAAUCUUUCUUAUGAUAUCAGUGUCUCUCUGUUCAUUUACCAUCACAACAACAUAUGCAUAAGCUAAUGCACAGUGUGGGGUAUUACAGCUUGUUACCCAGACCAGUAAUCUUACUUAUCUGACAUAGUAAUGGUUCUAUGGCUAGGGCGUUUAACAUGCCGGACAGAGAGCAGCCCUGCCUAAUACCCCUAUACACUUUAAAAAGUACACAUAAACCACCGUUACCUUUCAGUACGCUCUCAAUGUUACUGUACAAAACCUGGAUCAUGGCUAUGGAACCUGAGUUGAACCCCAAACUCUCUAGAACCUGCCACAAAUACUGGUGUUCAACCCGGUCGCAAGCCUUUUCCUGGUCCAUAAAAAUAAGACCAGUCUUCAGCUCCAAUAGCCUAGAGACGUCCAGAAUGUCACAAAUCAAAUGUAUGUUGUCGUGGAUUGACCUGCCACGGUAUGUCUGUUCAAAGUGGAUGACUUGCUCCAUAACCUUCCCUAGUCUUGUUGCUAAUGCUCUGGAGAGCGCCUUACAGUCUGUGCAGAGUAGUGAGACGGGCCGCCAAUUUCUCAGGGCUGUUAGAUCACCUUUCUUUGGAAAUAGGGUUAGGACUGCUCUUUGUCUACUCAACGGCAGCUGGCCAUCGUUCAAGCUUGCCCUCAGCACUUCCAGCAAAUCCUGCCCCAACACUGACCAGAAAGCUUUAUAGAACUCUACUAAAAGCCCAUCAGUUCCUGGUGACCCCCUAUUGUCCAUGCUGUUAAGUGCCGACUCUAACUCCAUAAGGGUCAGAGCUCUCUUGCUGACCCCUCAGCUAGAGGGGGGGGGGGACACACAGAGACACAGAGAGCCAGCGAUGCACAGAGAGAGACAGGGAGAAAGAGAGGAAUGGGAUUGAGGAUAGAAAAGGAUCUUGCUUUUGUGAGCUAGACCAGUAUCUGGACUGCACUUUAAUAAGAUCAGAGGAUCUAUAUUUCAGUCAGCCUUGUGUUGAUGAAAUCCUCACCUCCAUUUUUUUAUAAAUUAAAAAUGAAAUUGAUUAAAAAUUCCCAACUUUUCAUCAUAUUACAUUUUUCCCGUUUAAAAAUUCAAGCUACAAUGAGCUACACUUUUAAUAAGACAGUCCUACACAAAUAAAAUGAUUACAAUUUACAUGGGUUUGUAGUCAAAACUUUCAUUUUGCACACGUGUGUGUGUUUGUGUGUGUGUAUUGGCACAACAUGAGAUGAUGAUGAUGAUGAUGAUGAUGAUGAUACAGCAUCUCUCGGGGUACAAAGCAGGAGAAUAAUUCAGCAGAUAGGUCAGAGAUACCUUCACCUGUCAGUCCUGUUCCUUUCAGCUGUCUGUCUCUUAAUCACACAGAUUUAUUCUCUCCAUUCUGUUCAUCCUUUUACUGAGAGACAUGGACAGGAGGAGUGACAGGUUUAUUUCCUAGCAUGCACCUGGUCAUGCAGCAGUGCUGCUCAGGUCAAAUGUCAUGAUGAGUGACAUGAUGAUACGAGUCUUACUGUGUGUGUGUGUGUGUGUGUGUGUGUGUGUGUGUGUGAGCACGCUGUACUUGAGGCUGAUGAGAAGUGUCUGUUCAGUCUCUGCCUGCUUGCUUGCCUGCCUGUCUGUCUCUCUUUUUCUGUCUGUCUGUCUCUUUUUCUGUCUGUCUGCCUGCCUGUCUGUCUCUCUUUUUCUGUCUGUCUGCCUGCCUGUCUGUCUCUUUUUUCUGUCUGCCUGCCUUCCUGUCUGUCUCUUUCUGUCAGUCUGCCUGCCUUCCCGUCUGUCUGUCUCUUGUUCCUUUAUACAUUGACUGUCUUGCUUCCCCUUCUGUCUCUCUCUCUCUCUCUGUAUUGCAUUUCUCUCUCUCUCUCUCAUACUCUUUGUGCAUGUCCCUCUGCUUGUCUUUUUUUUUCUUUUCUUUUCUGCUUGUCUCUACUUGUCACUGUGUGUGUGUGUUUUUUGUACUGUUGUGUGUGGUUCCUGCAGUGCGGAGAAGGUGAGACAGGCCGUGUCAAUCACAGCAUUUGAACCAGAAGGUUGUGGAGCAGUAGAGCUGGCAGUAGAUUUGAUGCAGGUGCUGUGAACACGCCGAGUGCACGUGCAGUGGGAGUGACCGGCCGGGUCUGGGCGGGUCACAGGAGACAGGGAGCGUGUCUUUAAUGACGUGUCCGGCUCGGUGUCUCUGGCCUGGGUGGGAGACGGCACAGGGGUGCUGCUGGUCCUCACCACGUAUCAGUUGCCGCUGUUCAUGUUCCGCUUUAGUGAGCCCAAACUCUACAGGAGUGAAGACCACGGGAAGACUUUCCAGGACAUCACAGAUCUCCUGAACAACACCUUCAUCAUGACCCAUUUUGGCAUCGCCAUUAGCCCAGACAACUCGGGAAAGGUGAUCCUCACAGGUCAUUUGUCGGAGGGAAAAGGCUCGAGAAUUUUAUGCUCGUUGGAUUUCGGGAAGAGCUUCACCCCCUCUGACCUGCCCUUCCAAGUGCUGACGCAGAUCAGCUACAACCCGGAAAACAACAGCAUGCUCGCGGUUAUUAGCACAGUGUAUGACCUGUGGCUCUCUGAGGACUUUGGGCUCCACUGGAAGAAGAUUCACGACGCAGUGUGUCUGGUGAAAUGGGGGACUGCUGAUACUCUGUUUUUCACCACAAACCCAAACGGUUCCUGUAGUGAAAAAGGCAUGCUGGAUUUAAAGAAGACCACAGAUUUUGGCCGAAGCUUUAAGAAGAUAGGGAGCAGGAUUUACUCGUUUGGCCUGGGUGGCCGUUUUCUCUUCGCUUCCGUCAUGUCCGCCACGAGGUCGAUGCGCAUGAUUCAUGUGUCUGUGGAUCAGGGUGAGGUUUGGGACAUGGCCCAGCUGCCCGAUGUGGGACAUGAACAAUUUUACUCUAUACUUUCUUCCAAUGAUGACAUGGUGUUUGUGCAUGUGGAUGAACCAGGAGACUCGGGGAUGGGCAUAAUCUACGUGUCUGAUUCCCGGGGCAUCGUCUUCUCCAAAUCCCUGGAGCAUCAUCUUUACACCUCCACGGGUGGUGAAACUGACUUCACUGUCGUUAGCUCGCUCAGGGGCGUCUACAUGACCAGCGUGCUGGCUCACGAUGGUUCUGUUCAAACGGUGAUAACGUUCAAUCAGGGAGGAAAUUGGAGGCCUCUGAAGAAACCUUGGAACGCAGAGUGUGACUCCACUGCAAAGGAUCCGGACAUUUGUAGUCUGCAUAUUCACGCCUCCUACAGCACAUCCAUGAGGCUCAACGUGCCGAUGCUGCCACUGACUGACCACAGUGCUGUCGGACUCAUCCUUGCUCACGGCAGCGUGGGGGACGCGGUAUCCGUCUUGUCUCCUGAUGUUUACGUGUCUGAUGACGGUGGGUACACGUGGACACGAGCACUCAAAGGACCGCAUCAUUAUGCCAUCCUAGACUCAGGAGGAGUGCUGGUGGCUGUGGAGCACAACCCCAUCCAGCCUAUCUCGCAGAUCAAGUUUUCCACAGACGAGGGCCAGUGCUGGCAUGCUCAUAACUUCACAGACACUCCGCUGUACUUCACGGGUUUGGCCUCGGAGCCUGGAGCUCGGUCUCUGAGCCUCAGCCUGUGGGGUUACAGACAGCCUGUGUUCAGUCAACACUUAGUGUCCAUCACUAUAGACUUCCACCAGCUGCUCACCAGAGACUGUGGGGAGGAGGAUUACGUGCAAUGGCUUGCCCACUCUGAUAACACCGGCGGCCCGGAUGAUGGAUGUCUGCUGGGAUAUAAAGAAAAAUAUUUACGGCUACGCAAAGACACUGUGUGCCGCAACGGGAAGGACUUCGUCAUCACCAAGCAGCCCACACCAUGUCCCUGCACUCUGGAGGACUUCCAUUGUGAUUUUGGCUACUACCGUGUCAUGAACAGCUCGGAGUGUGUGGAACAGCCAGAGCUGAAGGGUCAAUCACUCGAGUUCUGCCUGCAUGGCCGUAAAGAACAGCUCCAAACCAGCGGUUACAGAAAGAUCCCAGGAGAUCGGUGUGAAGGAGGGACACAGCCGGAGAGAAAAGUGAUUGACCUGAGCAAGAAGUGUGUCAGUAGCCUGCUCAGUGCAGAUUUUCUGUCUCAGUCAGGAAGCGUGGCUCCUGUAGUGUCUGUCAUCAUCCUCCUUCUGCUCCUCUGUGCCGUGGCUGGGGUCCUGCUGGUCAAGAAGUACGUGUGUGGAGGAAGGUUCCUGGUGCACCGCUAUUCAGAGAUGCAGAGGCAUGUGGAAGCUAAUGCCAUUGAGGGUGUGGACGACGUGGACACUACAGAGGCAGACAAGACGAAUUACAAUUACGACUCAGAUGAGGACCUUCUGGCUGGAAACUGAGGCAGAAAAUUCUCAGGUAAAUGUUAUACCCUAUGUGGAGAUAAUGACCUGGACCUGUUUACUGAAGAGUGUAGACAUUUUUUUCCAAAUUAAUUGGUUCCAGCCACUGGACAGGAGGCAAUUAGCAGAUUUUUGUAAUUUACUUUUAUUUGUUUUUUUGGAGACGCCUCUUCUUUCCUCAGCGAGUCUGAUUUUUGAGAAAUUUUAAGGACUGGACUUUGACAUGGAAAAUUUCCAGUGCCCAGUGUUCUUUAGGCUGAUGAACACAAAAGAGAUGGUGUUUUUAAAAAGCAUGUGAUUUUACGACAAACAAAACAAAUUUCAAAAUGUUUCCCUGUACUGAGAAAGAGCUUAAAGUUUCAGUAGAAAAGGUGUAAAGGUAAAUAUAAUUACAAUACAAUUUCCAGUAUCAGUCUCGCCGUACAUUUUCUCAUUCUUCCUUCUUGUAAGGACUGAAUCAUUCAUGAAUAAACUUUUAUUGACAGCAAUAUAUUCAUAUAUUUUAGAAACGUUAAUUAGACUUCCAUUUAUAAAUGAAUUCAGCAGGAACAAGCUUUCAGUUUCCUUCUCAAUGCAGGGAAAAAAGGAUGACGCAAAAAAAACACUGAAUUAUUUUUUCACAUAUUCUUCAAAUGCAAACUGUUGUGUGUGAAAGGGAGUAAGACCAAAACAGCUCUCUUUUAACCAUCAUUGGACCUGGUACAAGCUUAUGAGCACCUUAGAGUUGGGAUUGAUGCACCAGUGCCAUUUCCUGUAUUUUUUUUAUUUACAUGUUAAUCUUCAGCUUGAGUUUAUUAAGACAGUAUUACAACACAAUAACAGUUCACUAAGCUAAGGGUUCAAGGAGUCUAUUCAUGUUUGUACAGGCUAGACAAAGCUAAAUGGAUUUGUUGUGCAACGAUUGUGGUCAUUCAACUUAAUUAUGAUACACAAGAUUGGGGGAGGCAGCGGCUAGCCAUUUUGCAUCACUUCUAGCUCUUUCCAUGUCCUUGGACGAAUGUUUUUUCACACCUGCACUCUGGGGUCUUUUAUUGAUGACCCACUGAGCUCAUAAGCUAGGAGUUUCUAAGCAGUUGUUCAGUGCACUGGCAAAAACAAAAUGCUCCUGAUGGCAUAAGAUUAUGAUUUUUUUGCAUGAUUUUGUAGUAAUAAGUGAUUUACGAUAAAGGGAGUUUGAGAACUUAUGUUUUUACUACACAAAGCUAUCAUUACUUUUCGUAGCAAUAAUUAAUCUAACGGCUGCUUGUCUAAUCAUAGCUAUGGCACAAUGUAGCGCCCUGGGAGGAUUGUGCAUCAAUGCAAUGUGUGUGUGUGAAUGCGUGUAAUUUGCUCAAGAACAGAGACACUUAUGUUUCAGAUUUUAUGCCAGUCGGGAAAUGCAACCCAAAAGGCCAGUCGAUGUAACAGUGCACAGAUUUGUCAGGAGGGCUUUCGCCCAAAAAAUUUAUGUGAAUACGGUAUGUUUUAUGGUACUCCUUUUUUGUUUUUUUGUUUUUUUUUGUUUUAAAGGUACAUGUCUCAGGGCCCUGGUUUUCACUUUCAGCUUCAAAAUGUGACGAGAAAAAGCUUGAGUGAGUCUCAGUGUUAGGAUUGCUGGAAAGGAUUUGUCACUAUUCAGUAUUUUAAUGCUACUGGGGUAAUUCACAGAAUUUUCCAGCACCUGUCUUUGAAUGUAAGGGGAAUAAACAUGACGUUUUCAUUCCAGAGCUGUAAAUAAAAUAUGUACAGAUAAGCUACUGUUCAUAACUACAUUUAAUGUUUGACAUCUGAGUCUCAAAAGCCCAACAAAAAUGUAAAGCCUUGAUUUGAGAGCCUUUUAUUGUCCUUUAUUUUUCUUUUCUUUUUUUUCCAAUCAGAAUAAAGAAUUUCAGACCUUUUA